AAUGUGCACAGGCAUAGACAGACACAGUCACCCACUGUUUUCAGAAUCUCCUCAUGCCAGGCCACGCCCUUGGACAUUGUUCACUGCAAUUCAAGAAGCUGGCCAGACCAGAGGCACGAACGUCCGUGACUAAGACCAUCCACUGUUCAUCAUGUGGUGCCACCUGCUCGUCUUGUCCCUGCUCGUCUGCAGCUCCCAUGCAUCCACCUUCCUGAGCGCGGUCAUGAUCUAUGACCCCUCCGUGAAUAAUACGGUGGUUGUUCGCUCCAAAAUGACCUACCAAAACGGGUGCCCUGAAUCCUUUUGGACGUGCCAGUCAAAGAACUGCGCCCCAGGUGCAUCUCGGGUCGUACUCACUACUACUAACAGAACGUGUCAAUAUGACGUAGAAACAUAUUAUAAUGUGACCCAGACCUCCAAGUUGGUGCUGCGCCUUUCUGCUCCAGUUGUCCUCCAGUGGAUCAACGUCACCAAUAACGUGACAGAGGUGGUAGCCAUCGCACACGCACAUACCUGGACGAGGUCCGACACUGGCCGGGCAAACGCGUCCCCCCGAGCCAACGUGCUGCCCGUUCUCAGAGUCGCCUCCAACUGUCAGAGGAACGUGACGCUACCCACCUUCGACCCUGACGGAGACGUGGUGAGGUGUCGCUAUCAAAACGCAACAUCUGUUCUCAAGCUCUCGGCAGAUUGCAACAUGUUUUUCGCGCCAAGCAUUGACAUCGCGGAAGGUGCGUACGCCGUGCAGGUGCUCAUGGAGGACUUCCCUCGCCAGAACAUCACGUUGGCUUACGGCAGUGGGAGUAAGAAUCUCACAAGCGAGGAUCCCCUCAGCCAAAUCCCCGUCCAGUUUGUUCUGAUCGUGGGUCCUCGGGCGACAUCCUGCGUGGACGGAGAGUCCCUGCCUGCCUUCUGGCUUCCUACACCAGCCAACGGAGAUCAUCUCUUCGCCUCAGUCAAUCAGACCCUGAAAAUCCCCAUAAGUGUUUUCGGGACAGAAAUUCAAAGCUUGAGUGUGCUGUUUAGCGGGCCGUUGGACAUGACUGAUAGGAACUUUGAGCUGGUCUGGACGCCGACUGAGAAAGACUUGGGUCUAAGUCACCCAGUCUGCUUUGUCCUCCAAACGGUUGACUUUGGACUGAUCACACGUCACUCAGAGAUGCGCUGUGUCAUUGUGACGGUUCAUCCUGUUGUGGUUACAGUGACAGCAAGGCUCCAGUCGGCAUUCCCGCUGUCUGCGGACCGCAUCGACGUAUCGCAGCUGAAAGCAGAGCUGGUGUUACGAGGGCUGCCCUCUGACAUCACCCUGAAAUUGGUGAGCUUCAGCGAGACCGCAACAACAACACAAAGCUCCAUUGUACCCUGAGCAAAGUGGGAUUCUGGGGCCUUCACUUUGUGCCAAUGUCAAUUAUUUAUGUUCAUCAUUCAUACGCCUCUCAUUGAACACAUUGUCGGACCAAUCAUUUUUUUUUUAUAGCGAGUACACACAUUCGAGCGCUUGCCGAUAAUAAGCAGUGAAGAUACUUGAUGUCAUUACAUCUGUGAUCACAAUUGUGAUUAAAGUGUGUUUAUAUUUUUAAUUUACUUAUAAAAAAAAUUAUGUUCGGAAACAGAAUCUUGUGCUGAACGCUAUCGGUGAUGUGGUAUCGGAACUUUUUUUUAGUACAGAUAUAUCAUAUUGAUGC